GGGCGCCAGUGACCGCUUCACGGCCCGCAGUGCCUCAGUCUCCGCGGGCGUCUCCGUGAUAUACCUGACUGCCUCUGCUGCCGCCCACCGAACGACCCCCGCUGCGAAAGAAUUCUAAACUGAGGUGUCGGGUGACCUUGGGGGAUGGGUUGCAACCGGGAUGUGGAGGGGUUAAGCCGCUUUUCAGGCGGUGUUCCUACUGAUGAUGAGCAGGCGACUGGGCUGGAGAGGGAGGUCAUGAUGGCUGCAAAGAAGGGACUGGACCCAUACAAUAUGCUAGCCCCAAAGGCAGCUUCAGGCACCAAGGACGACCCUAAUUUAGUCCCAUCUAUCACUAACAAGCGAAUAGUGGGCUGCAUCUGUGAAGAGGACAAUAGUGCCGUCAUCUGGUUCUGGCUGCACAAAGGCGAAGCCCAGCGGUGCCCUAGCUGUGGAACCCAUUACAAGCUGGUGCCCCACCAGUUGGCCCACUGAGCCUUUGCACUAACUUACUCAAAAUGUGCUGUAAAGUUUCUUCUUUCCAAUAAAGACUAGCCAUUGGCUCCUUCUCCUAUA